AUGACUACACGAGCCAAGGCUGGCAUUUUUUGCCCCUCCAAGAAAUGCUCGUUGGUCUCUACUCGGUAUCCUUUAUUUGAGGUGGAAUCCACAUGCUUCUCAUCUGCUAAUCGCCAUGCUCAUUGGAGAGUUGCUAUGCAGGAUGAGCUUGAUGCACUACUACGGAAUGGUACAUGGGAUUUGGUCCAACCCAAUUCCAAUGCUAAUGUUGUGGGCUAUAAGUGGGUUUUUCGUAUCAAACGAAAACCUGAUGGCACUGUAGACCGCUACAAGGCACGACUGGUUGCCAAGGGGUACAAUCAGCGUGAAGGCCUAGACUACAGUGAAACGUUCAGCCCAGUUAUUAAGCCCACAACCCUUAGGGUUAUUCUCAUUCUUGCUAUUUCUUAG